AUCAGAAGUGAGAGAGGGCGGGAUUUGUGAUGUUUUGCUGCACUUCCGCUGAAGCAGCGUCCAAAAAUCAAUACAUCAAGUGAAGGCAAGGUUAAAAAGUGAAGCAGGAAGCGACGAUUCAAGAAGGAACCAGUCAGACCUGCCGCAGCUCACAAGACCGAGACAUGUGAUAUCGAUUAGAACAACUCCCUGCUGCCGCCGCAGAUACUGACAACACGGUUCGUUCAUUUCAGUCCUGAUGGAUGAACCUUCCAAGAAACAUGUAAACACUGAGGAUAUGUUCCUGGAUUUGUAGCGGUUGUAGCAGAAGAAGUCAACAUCCAGCUGCUAAUGGACUCUUGACUGACAGAAGCAAGUUCUGACAAGGCUGACCAAACAUGGUGCAUGUGUAUAACUGCCACCCAUUUGCUUCACAGCAGAUUGUGCAGGUGGAGCAGGAGCCUGGAUUGUUUUGUUCUGGAGGUGGGGCUCUCUUUGUGGUGGUUACAGGAGGAUGCAAGGUGGAGGCCUACAAUCUGGAGCAGGAGGGCUGUCCACUCAUCUGCCGAUUUGGCACUAUGGGCACAGUGAGAAACAUCCAAUACAGCAAAAUUGGAGACUACCUGGUGACCAUUGAAGAAAAAAACAGCGCCACCUACCUGAGAGCCUACACUAACUGGAGAUACCAGGCUGAAGAGAGAUCCCGUGUUGGGGUGCGUUUGUUGGGCCACCUGCUGCGUGGAGCAUCUCAGCGGGGUGGAGCUCAGAUGGAGAUCAUUGAAAUCCCUCUCUCGGAGCGUCCCGUCAGUGUGGCCUGCUGCUCUGUCACCGGAGACCUGCUGGUCGGCUGCGAGAACACUUUGGUUUUGUUUACUUUACGGAGACAGAACCAAGAGAACCUGCAGAAUCAGAGUCAGCAGAAUGUCCAGAGCUCCUCCUCCUUAAACUCUCAGCAGACUUUUGGUCAGAGUGAAGGUCACUCCUCAAGUUCAGACCACAGUGUCUCCAUCCUGGACUUCGAACGCUCAGUCAUCAUGCAUAUUCCCAACUUUACACCUAAGAAGGUGGCGCUGUGUUCAGGAUAUGUGGCAGUGCAGACGGAGCUGGAGGCGCUGGUGUUAAAACUGAACACAUCUGAAUCUGACGCUCUGGACGAGUCUUGUGACAUGAGUAAGACAGAUCUGCUGGAGGACCAGAGUGACCUUCUCCUCAUCCCGAGGCAGCAGGAGUUACUGGGGAGUCAGGCCAAAAACUGUGACGUCCCAGUCAGCAUUGAGAAGACGGGGCUGGAGGACAAGGGACAGUACAAACUGUCAUAUGUGCUUUUUAGGCGUUUUACUCCAGAGUUUUUCACGGGCUGCAGUGUUGAGGAGACGCAGCUUCACUCCAUGCAACUUCACCCACUUUUCACCAGUAACCAGUCAACAUCCACAGAAGAACCAGCCUGUGUCUUCUGCUUCUUCUCCCUCCCCAGUGCUGGUUAUCUGUACAGUCUGAAGAACGGAGUUGAGUUGCUCUCAGCCUAUCAGUAUCCAGAGAGAGUCCUGGAGGCGGUGCUAACAGACCACCUGCUGCAUGUUAUAACUAAAAAUGCGUUGCAGUGUUUUACUGUGCGCUGUGCAGCGGUUGCAGCCAGGAUUGAAGAGCCAUACAUUGACACCACCAUGAAGGCCUGUCCACCCAGCAGUCUGGAGGUGUGUGCUCUCAGGAUGCAGCUGUUUAUUGGCCUUCGCUCUGUGUGUGUCCACGGUCCUCAUGUCAUCCUCCUGUCCACGGCGGACACCCAGACACAGGAAGAACCUGAACGCGUCCAGCAGCGCAGGGGACUCCAUUUGAAAGAACACACCACGCUGGCUGGUAUUUUCCUGGCCGUGGGAAUCGAUCCCACUACCACUCCGGCUCUGGAGAGCUUUCUGUCACGCCCCUUCCUAGCCAGGAGAUGGACAACGUCGCCCCCCAAAGAAAGCACCCCAACCGGACACGGCUGGAACCUCUAUGUGGUGGACACCGUCUCCCCCCUGACUCUUUACAAUGAGAUGGUUGAGUACAGUCGACAAUACGCUGAAACCAACCCUUCAGCCCAGAGCCUUCGACACCUCCUCAGUGAAGCUCACCUCCUCCUGUGCUCCUCCCUGCUGCAAACAACAGAGCAGACUCACAGAAAAGACCUGGAGGAGGCGCUCAGGGAGAACUGUGCUCAGCUGGGAGACUGCUUCAGCAGGUCGAGUCAGAAAGAUUGUCACCUGGCCUUACCUUACUACAGGAUGUCUGGUCUGUCAGUCACAGAGGUGAUCGCCAGAAACCGCCCACUUCCCAGCAGCCCUCACUCAUAUGGCCUUGGCUUUCUGUUUUAUCUGAAUCAUUACCUGUUGGAAGAAACUGAAGAAAUCCUCAGUCAGGAGUCAGCUGAUGAGGUCAUCGACAUUUUCAGCCAAUCAGAGUCCUCAGCGCUCAUUAGCGUAUGUGCCAGCCCGUCCAUGAUCAACAUCAGCGCUGAUAGGACGCUGCAGGUUUUACAUCGCCUGGAAGACACAGCAGGUGUCUCUGUUCCGCUGACCAUCACCAUGGCAACUCUGGCGCUGCGAUUAGACGACCUGCAGCAGUUCAUGCAGCUGUUGGAUAGACACGCUGAGAUGCUUCUGGUGUAUGGUUUCAUCGAGGAGCCCAGGUUGCUGAUUCACGGUGGAGGUGGAGGCUCCCAGGCAUACGUCCGCCCCACAGCCCUGACUCAGCAGCUGGCAAAGUCCCAGCCAGGCCUCCUGGUGGCCGGCAUGGUGGCUCUACACGAGAACAACAAGGUUCAGCUGGAACAGGCGGACGGUGUCUUCAAGGAGCUGGGCUGUGAGAACUGCCUCCUGGUGGAUUUCUGGGAGGCAACACUCAUGGCUUCUUCACAGGACGCCGUCAUCCAGGAGCUUCUGUUCAGACUCACCUCUGUCUACAUUGAUCGACUGUUGUGCACUAAUCCUGAUAAACGCUCCAUUUUCCCUCAGUCACCCCUGAGACACAAGUCACUCAAAAGCGCAGAUGAUUUGAUCAACUCAUGCUCCCAUUACGGUGCCUUGUAUCCAUGGCUCAUCAUUCUCUGUCCUCCUUACACUACCAGCUGCCUACACCAGGAGGCGUUACACAAACUGCAGUCUCUGUUGUGUGGUCCUCUGUCUGUUGGAUUCGUCCUGCCUCUGCUGGAGCGACUCUCAGACGAAACCAUGUGGGGCUUCAGUCUGCACCUGCUUUGCGAGACCAGAAGGGGGCGAUAUGACAGCAGCAUUGGAACGUUGUUAGACCGAUGCCCUCAGGCCAUUAUAGCAUACGCUAAUCAUCACCUACAAGACAAGCACUUGGAACUGUGGUGGCAGAAGCUGCUGCCAGAGCUUUGUAAUCGGACCAGAGCCUCUGCAGACAACAGCAUCUUAUUGGCUGCUCUCAAAGAGACACUGGUGGUGGUUGCCGCGGAGACCAAUCCCACCCAAUUCCUGGAGCUUCUACCUGAUGAUGGCACAGCGUCAUAUUUUCUGCCUCACCUGUUGACGUGUACCCAAAAACACCUGCUGGCCUGACACACACGCACACGAACAAAGACAAACUAAUUUUCAAAGAUCUGCACAAAUCUAAGUGUUUGGAGUUUUUCUUGUAGUAAAACACUGGGUGAAUGACAAACACGCUUAAAAACGCAGUAAUUAUUAAUUAUUAUUUAAUUUCUCAGAUUUGUUUGGCCACUUGUCCAACUUUCUCACACACCUUUCUCCCUGCCAACACAUCCCCAUCCCCACUUUGGUCAGACCAAAACACAGUAGUUAAAUCACUGCACAUUCAUAUAUUUAUAAAGAACUCUCCUUCAGACUGAUCAGUAUAUCAGUAUUAGGCAGUCUGCAGUCCAUAUCCUGAACAGAUAAAUAUCAACAUGCCAUUCUGUUUCACUUCAUCACAGCUUAGUGAAUGUGAAUAGUUUGUUUUAAAGCCUAGAUUAAUUUUCAGGAUGGUUGAACACAUGAUUGACAGAAAUCAGGCCGGCUUCCAAAAAACAAAACAAAAAAAAAAACAGUGCAACAUUACUGUUUCCAGUAAAUACUCCUGCGAUAUCUGACUGAGAUCCAGAGUGUGUAUCAGGUAUGUAAGCUAAAGACAGAAUGUGAGGUCCUGGUGUUUGCUGUCAUACAGUAUUGACAAUCUCACUAUUUGUGUUACCAACGGAAUGAAGUGUGACUGCACCUUGUGACAUCGAGACGUCACGUCAGACUGUGUUGUUUAUGGUCCGUCAGGAAUGUCAAACAGUAUCAAUAAAAUACACAAAACACACCUGAUUUAAAACUUCCAGCAGCCACUGUGUUGUUUCCUGAAAAGGAAAAAAAACAUUUCGGAACCAAUGUAAAAUAGUGAAUAUAAAAACAUUUUAAAUCGCAAGUUUAUGCUCCAAUAGGUGAAACCAGGUGUUUGUUUUUUCAAUUAAAAUUAUAAAUUGACCAAAAUUACAGAUGUACAAACAAAAACAGUUUUUCAAGUUUCAUUCUUCAGUGAUUAUAUCCACAAGCCUAAACAUCAGUCCUUAAAAACACAAACUUUAAAUCAUUGUCAGACUUCCUUCAUUUUUUUUCCCAUUCCUACAGUAAUCCUGUCUCACUGUAUAUGCAGCUGUCUAAAGUAUUCUUUUAAAAAGCUUGGAAAAUGUUUCCACUUCCAAAUGUUUUCACUGAUACAAAUAAAAAGUUAUGACU